AUUGUGCCAAAGUUUGAAACAUUAAACAACUGUGACAGAGUUAGCUAACUAUAUAUGUAGCAAAUUCAAAUAAGCGUAACGAAAGAAUAGCUAUUUAUUAUUAUUAAAAGUGUAUCUUAAAAGGGUCAUUCGCUUCCUACUACUGUAACUAAGCAACUUGGAUAGUCACACACUCUCAUGUCGCCAGGUGUAAGAUGAGUAGAGAGGCUUCUGGUCGGGGCUCCUGGAGAGGACGAGGAUGGAGGGGAGGAGGGGGUUGGAGGGGAAGACCAUGGAGGGGGAACUCACGCAACCCCAGUGCUCAAGGAGGCACCUCAAAGCCUGGUGUAUCUGCAACCACUUUGGAUAGGCUGUGUCCUUAUAAAGGCUGGACUCUCUACUUUACUGAAGGUUUCGUGGAGAGUUCUCUGUAUGUGGAAAAGAUCAAAGUGUUUGAACAGUACUUCACCUCACAGAUACACCUCUAUGACAAAGAUGAGAUUGAGCGCCAGGGCAGUGUCUUGGUGGACUAUAAGGCGCUAACUGAGAAUACGGAGGUGUGUAUGGCUCUGCCAGACCUGGCCAAUCAGCUGAGAGAACAACCAGAGAUCAGCCUCAACUGUCUGGGCCUCGCCAUACACCAGGUUUUGACGCUGGACCUGGAGAGACAUGUUACAGUGUUACAGGGGGAAGGGCUUCCAGGGGGAGCCACACCGCUCAUUAACAUACCCCACAUCAGUGCCAGGUUGUAUAACUAUGAGCCCCUGACAGCCCUUAGGAUGCUGCGUGCCAGUGUGUUUGGUCGUUUGGUGUGUGUGAGGGGGACCGUGGUCCGUGUCAGCAACAUCAGACCGCUCUGUACACGCUUGGCCUUCACCUGCUCUGGCUGCUCUCACACACAGUCACUGACCCUGACACAUGGCAAAUUCACCAUGCCCACAAAGUGUAUGCAGCCAGAGUGUCGUAGUCGUUCCUUCGUCCCGAACCGGAGCUCUCCUCUCACACUCACGGUGGACUGGCAGACUAUCAAGGUCCAGGAGCUGAUUGGAGGUGAGCAAAGGGAGGCGGGGCGAAUCCCUCGGACGGUGGAGUGUCAUCUGACCUCUGACCUCUGUGACAGUGCUGUCCCUGGAGACACUGUUACUAUCACCGGAAUAGUCAGAGUCAGCCAAGAAGACGGCAGCAAAGGGAAGAAGGAUAAGUGUAUGUUCCUGCUCUACAUCGAAGCCAACUCCGUCAGUAACUCUAAAGGCCCAAAAGUGAAGGAUGCUGACGGUCAGAGGUCAUUGGGAGGAGAAAGGUCAUCUGGGAUAGAGUUCUCUUUGAAGGAGCUGUACGCCAUUCAGGAAAUACACAGCCAACCUAACCUACUGAAGCUCAUUGUACACUCCUUGUGUCCAGCCAUCUACGGCCACCUGCUGGUGAAAGCAGGUCUGUGCUUAGCAUUGUUUGGAGGCAGCCAGAAGCAUGCGGAUGACAAGAACCGGAUCCCUGUCAGAGGAGAUCCUCAUAUUCUAGUGGUGGGAGAUCCUGGUCUGGGGAAGAGCCAGAUGCUACAGGCGGUGUGUAAUGUGGCUCCCAGGGGGAUCUAUGUGUGUGGUAACACCACCAGUACGUCAGGGCUGACUGUCACUCUGUCCAGAGAGGCCGGCUCUGGAGACUACUCCCUGGAGGCUGGAGCUCUGGUACUAGGAGACCAAGGGCUGUGCUGUAUCGAUGAGUUUGAUAAGCUUGGCCAACAGCAGCAGGCGUUACUGGAAGCCAUGGAGCAGCAGACCAUCAGUCUGGCUAAGGCUGGCCUGGUGUGUUCCCUGCCUGCUAGGACCUCUGUCAUUGCUGCUGCCAACCCUGUUGGAGGGCAUUACAACAGGGCCAAGACGGUGUCUGAAAACCUCAAGAUGGGCAGUGCCCUCCUGUCGAGGUUUGAUGUGGUCUUCCUCCUUUUGGAUGUUCCUGAUGAGUCACAUGACCGCAAGUUAUCGGAGCAUGUGAUGGCGGUAAGGUCUGGGAAGGGAGGGGCCUCUAGUGCCAUGGUUACACGAGAUGACAUCCAAUCACAGCACUCACUCCUGGAACCCGUGGAAACACCAUUGUCUGACCGGCUGCAGGUGUGUCCAGGAGAGUAUGUGGACCCAAUCCCACCCUCCCUUUUGAGGAAGUAUGUUGGGUACGCCCGGCGCUAUGUGCAUCCCUCGCUCUCUGCCUCCGCUGCCCAGACACUGCAGGAGUUCUAUCUCUCCCUGCGCUCACACACACACGCUGCCGACGCCACUCCCAUCACCACACGCCAGCUGGAGUCCCUCAUCCGCCUGACAGAGGCGCGGGCGAGGCUGGAGCUCAGAGAGACAGCCACAAAGAGUGAUGCUGAAGACGUAGUGGAGAUCAUGAAACACAGUCUGGCAGAUACCUUUUCGGAUGGUAGUGGAGGACUAGAUUUUGAACGGUCAGUGCUCGGUGUUGGGAUGAGUCAGCGUUCAGCUGCUAAGAGAUUCAUCACUGCACUUAACAUGCAAGCUCAGCGCACACACACCGUGUUGUAUGACCUCACAGAACUACGCUGUCUAGCCAAGGACUUCAACAUACAGGUUUCAGACUUUGAAAGCUUCAUUAGUUCUCUGAAUGAACAGGGCUACCUGCUGAAGAAAGGACACCGACAGUACCAACUACAGACUAUAUAACUCACACAAACAUCAUCAUUGAAAUUCCUGAUGUUGCUACAAUAUUUUUUUGGUUGUAAAUAACUGGGUAUUAAUUCAUACUUACUUUGUGUUUAAGAAUAUUUAACUUAACCCGUUAGCAAAAUUCUGUUUUAAA